GAUACAUAGGGGAGACACGAGGGAGAGAGAGAGUGCAGGGAGGAGAGAAAGAGAGAGGAGGGGUGAAGAGCGGGCGAGGGAGGAUUGAGAGAGACCGAGCUCACUCUGUAGUUGCCGUGCGCCGUGCGUGUGACAGGUGAGAGAUCUUACCGGGCUGCCUGAGCAUGAAUUUGCAGAUGCCGACAGAUGUGCCCGAAGACAGACUCAGCAACGAGGAGAAGGCGAGCACGGUUGACAGUAUGACUCUGUCCAGCACCCCCACGGUUCGCAGAGGAAGCACUCCUCUACCAAUUAAGCACCAGCUCAGACGAGAGGAAGCCGUCCAUGACGACUGCGACUGGACGUCCGGUGUGGCCGGGCCCUCCGCCUCACCGAUCCGGUUCAGUCCAGCCUUGGACGACACUCCCACUGUGACGGUGGAGUGCAGACCCGACGGGCCUUUGAGGAUCGCCCUGCUGGGGCAGAACGGCGUGGGGAAGUCUUCUCUGGCCAUCACCCUCGCCGGGGACAUGGACAGGACUGCGUCCGUGGACUCUGAUGGGGAGGGAUAUGUGCGCACAGUCUCAGUGGAUGACGAGGAGAGCACCAUCAUUAUCUUUGACAACUGGAGACAGGACCUGUCGGCUCUGCAGUGCGAGGUGUGUGUCCUGGUGUUUUCUGUGACCGACAGACGGAGCUUCCACCGCACCGCUCAACUCCGACUUCUCCUGAGAGAGACUCAGCCCCAAACACCCAUCAUCCUCGUUGGUAAUAAGAGUGACCUCGUUCGCACGCGUGAGGUCACCUCUCAAGAGGCCAUCUCCAGCUCCGCCCUCUUCAACUGUCUGUAUCUGGAGAUCUCUGCCUCGCUGGAUCACCGCACCCCAGAGCUCCUGGAGUGCGCCGUGCGGCUGGCCAGGGGCCAGUCCCCGUGGCCCCCGGGGAUGAAUGCGGAGGACCUGAGCGGAGGAGGCCAACGCGAAAGCAUCACCUCCCGUGCCAAGCGCUUCCUGUCCAGCCUGGUGCCCCGGUACCCGCGAGAAAGAGAAGCAGGCAAGUUCCUGAGGCAGAAGUCCCGCUCGUGCCACGACCUGGGGGCGCUGUGAUCUGGCGCCAGGGGGGGCUGUAGCUGAAAGUGAUUUAGUAUAACAACAAAGAGAAGAAGAGGGAGUGAUACAGCAGUUAAUGGACAAGAGAGAGGAGGACGUGAGUGACAGAGGGGCCGAGAGUGUGAAGGAGCCAGAGUUGAUGGCCGGACACUUUUGUGAGUGAUCAUGAGCAUCCAGCAGUAGACAACAGGGAGAAUGACAACAAUAUUAGUGAUGAUGUUUAUCUAUAGGAUGAUACAGAGAUUUUGUACACAAGACCAAGACACAAGAAGAUUAUGAUACUGUUGUAGAACACAUGUAAAUAAACUGUAGUCGUGAUAGUUUACUGCCACCCUCAAAUCUCUAACAGCUAAAUAAAUUGCUUUUUUUUGA